AUGGCAUUCACCACCAAGGCCACGAUCGCCACCUUUGGCGGCAAGCUGCUCAAGCUGUCCCACGCCUCCAAGACGACCGGCACCGACAUGAACGUCAAUGUCUUCCUCCCUGGCCCGGUCGCCGACGCUGCUGCUGCCACGACAAAGGCGCCCGUCCUCUACUAUCUGGCGGGCCUCACCUGCAGCCCCGAGAACGGCUCCGAAAAGGGCUUCCUGCACGCAGCCGCCGCGCGCCACGGCAUCGCCAUUGUCUAUCCGGACACGUCUCCGCGCGGCCUGGACUUGCCCCAGGAGCAUGACAGCUGGGACUUUGGCGAGGCCGCCUCCUUUUACCUCGACGCCGACGCGAGCUCGCCGUACAGCGCCCACUACCGCAUGGAGAGGUACCUGACGCAGGAGCUGCCCGCUCUCUUGGCGGACGCCUUCCCGACGCAGCUCGACGGCGACCGCCAGUCCAUCACGGGCCACUCCAUGGGCGGGCACGGCGCCCUGACGCUGUACCUGCGCCACCCGGGCCGCUACCGGUCGGUCUCGGCGUUUGCGCCCAUCGCCAAUCCCACGCGCUGCCCCUGGGGCCAGAAGGCGUUCAAGGGCUACCUGGGCCCGGCGGAUCUUGCGAUUACGCCCGAGUCGGCGUCCGACAGCACGAUCCCGGCGGCCUGGAAGGAGCACGACGCGACCGAGCUGGUGGGCACGUGGACCCACGGCGACCUCAAGAUGCUGGUGGACGUGGGCACGGGCGACAAGUUUUACGCCGACAAGCAGCUGCUGCCGGAGAACCUGGAGGCCGCGGUCAACAAGGCCGGCCUGACGGGCCUGACGCUGCGGUACCAAAAGGACUACGACCACUCGUACUACUUUAUCUCGACGUUUGGCCAGGACCACGUCGACCACGCGGCCAAGUACCUGCUGGCGUAA